CAUGAUGGCCCAAUCUCUCUUUCUGUAACGGGUAAACCCUCGCCGCAGCCCUUGUCUUCUCCUCUUUCGGCUUCUUCUUUUCUCACUGCGUCAACCACAGACACGGAUACACAUCCUCAAAAUCUUCAGCCCUCUGGUAAUCUGGUUUGCGUAAAUCAACUAGCAAGCUAGACAAAUAAUAACAGCUCCACCUAGCUGUAAAAAACAAUAUACGGACUGGUUGGAAGCAGAUGGGCAAUGCCAGCUAGUGCAUUGUAGCCAUUAAGAUCUUUGACCCGAUCUGUGUUUUCUUUUUCUACUCCCAUGGAUCAAGUCUCUCUAACUCUCUACAAUCAUUAACGAUCAUGAAGGUUUCCUUUUUCAUCAACUCUUUAAAGCUUCUUCUUCCCCCCCGUCUUCCUCCCAUACAAUUUCUCUGUCGUCCUUUCUCUCUCUACCUUAACCGGGCCUCGACCUAUGUUUAUCGAAGGCCUCAGCUAGCCAAAAUCCUCUUCCACCCUAAUUUACCAGCAUCUAACCCUUACUCUUCGCAGAUGGACACUUUGAAUGAUGAAAUAGCUCAUGAAUUCCGCUUCUUCCGAGUUUACAAAGAUGGUCGCGUGGAGAAAUUCCAGUCCACUCCCAAAAUCCCUCCGUCCGAUGACCCCGUCACCGGAGUGCGAUCCAAAGACGUCGUAAUGUCGUCCGAACCUCCUAUAUCCGCCCGUAUUUUCCUACCCAAGAUUAAAGAUCCGACCCGGAAACUCCCUGUCCUGUUCUAUAUUCACGGUGGGGGCUUCUGCUUCCUAUCUGCCUUCUCUCCACUCUUACAUAACUAUGUGAGCACGUUGGCAGCUGAAUCCAACCUCAUUGCUGUCUCGGUUGAGUACAGGUUAGCUCCAGAGCACCCAAUCCCAGCUUGCUACGAGGAUUCUUGGGCCGGAUUCCAGUGGGUGGCGUCCCACGCUAACGGAAAUGGACCUGAGUCGUGGUUAAAUGAUCACGCUGAUUUCAACAGAGUUUUCCUCGCCGGGGACAGUGCCGGAGGCAACAUGUCGCAUAAUUUGGCUGUUCGGGUCGGGUCGACCCAUAUACCAGAUGUGAAGCUGCUCGGGGCCAUCUUGGUGCACCCGUAUUUUGGAGGUACGGACGAUGAUAAAAUGUGGCUAUACAUGUGUCCGGAGAACAGCGGUCUGGACGAUCCUAGGCUGAAACCGGCUGCAGAGGAUCUGGAAAGGCUAGGGUGUGAGAGGCUAUUGGUGUUUGUGGGUGGAAAGGACCAUUUGAGAGAGGUGGGUUGGCGUUAUUACAAGGAACUGAAGAAGAGUGGGUGGGGAGGUAGGGUUGAGAUCGUAGAGAACGAAGCUGAAGACCAUUGCUUUCAUCUGGAUGACAUCAAGCAAGAGAAGGCGGUGGCUCUCAUCAAACGCUUUGCAUCCUUUAUCAACCAAGAAUGAGCCCGGGGAGUAUUGGCUCGACUGAUCUUAAGCCUUAUCGAAAGGGCUCGACUGCUCUCAAACAAUGUAAACUUUAAUAGAGCAGAAAUGUUUUAAUUAUAAAUAAAGUUUAUAAAAAUAAAUCUAUAAAUUUAUAUGGUUUGAUAUAA